CUAAUAGUCAUAGCCUCCAUCCAAAAUCAGUACUGUCUUGUAACCACUUGUAACAACUUGAAAGUGUGAACAUAGUGCGCCGUCAUUAAUCCCUCCCUUUAUAAACCGAUUACAGAUUCAUAACUCCUGCACAUUACUACUUAAACUUGUUGAAAUGUUUAUCGAACACCUUAAGGGACCGGUCAUUAUUUAUCGCCUGGGGGGGUCGGAGGAUUUUGGGCUAAACACGAUGAAAUUUAGCCGAUCCCCCCUUUAAAUGUUAUUUUAUUGAAGUGAUCCCCCCUCAUAACUAUAUAUAACUUUCGUGAUCCCCCCCAUGUCUUCGUACCCAUAUUCACCUUUCGAGGUGUAUAUUUAGUGUUUUAAACGUUCAUAUACAGGUAGUAUUUCUAACUAUGAUGUACUUACAGCAUAAUAAAGCCGUUAUCGCGCAGUCUUUUUUUAAAAGUGUCUCUUGCUUAAAACUGCAAAGUGCUUGAAACUGCAAUCAGUGCUUGAAACUGCAAAGUUACUUUUUUUAGAGUGCCAAAUAGCAGUCCGCCAAGUCCCUAUCAGCAGGUCAUAUUUAGCGACAAUUUUCAGAGGACCACACUCUAAAGUCAUUUGCAGGCGAUGAGUUGGCCUAUUUAGAAGAUUAGCACAUAGGCGAAUCACUACACUGCACGAGGAACUUCAGUCCGCAUCCAACAAGUUGACAACAGCGCAUAUUAUUAAACCUGUCAAAGAAGUUUCCUUUGUGCGCGAGAAAAUCAACAAUGUCAAGAAGAAAGAAGGAAAAUAAGAGGAAGGUCCGAAAAACCAAAGAACAAGCGACCCAAGCAGAGGGCACGUCAUCUCUUAGGAAACUUGACCUCAAUCGAGGUCGCGGGGCAAAUUUUCGGUUCAAUCGAAGAGAAUGAUAGAGUUACUCCUGUAGAUAGCAUCAAUGCUGACUUUGCUAAGAAACUAACAAGGCGUUUGUAUCUAGACCCUUUGCUAUGGCUACUAGAAAAGGGUAUUUUUAGCACGACCCUAGCAAAAAAUCUAGAGCAAGUAGCGGCCAUUUUAAGGGCACAAAGUCCAGUUUCAACCUGCCGAAGGGGACUAAAUGUUGCUGUUGAAUCGGAUGACGAGGCUCAAGAGGCAAAUGAAGUUGUUGAAUGGGAUGAUGAGGCUCAAGAUGAGGCAGAUGAAGCAGUUGAAUCGAAUUUAGUAUAGAGCUGACACAGGACGCCCAUUCCUGGAGAGGCGAUAAAUGGUUUAUGUUUAAACAAACACGCUUUUUACAAUGUUUCAGUUAUCAGAAGUUUAUAUAGUUCACAAUUUAGAAUUCACCUGUCAUGUUUAAAGAUGAAUAUUAGCUAAGUCAUGAGCGCGUUAUAAAAGGAAAAAUAUAAAAGCGUUAAAACAAAGCUUUCUCGAUAUAAAUUGAAAUGCACACAUUCGCCAGUGUGACAGACUUCCGUUUUUUAAAUAAAGUUGUGUUAGAACAAAUUGAGAUUGCAAAUGCUAUCAUCUCCCAGCAGAAUGGGCACAUUUAUGUUGUAUGUUUUCAAACUGGCAUUGUUCAAGCAGAUUUGAGUGGUCCCCCCUCUGAAUCCUUCCAAAAUUUUCAGUGAUCCCCCCUUUUGGGCUCUCAGUUACGACUGAUCCGCCCCUCUGUUCUCCUAAAAAUCAAGUGAUCCCCCCCAAAAUCCUCCGAACCCCCCCAGGUGAUAAAUAAUGACCGGUCCCUAAAAUGUUCUGUCACCCACCUCUGCCGUCAGACACUCACAACACAUAAACUAACCGCUGUGGUGUUUCAUCCCGUUUGGAAGUUGGUCUCCGGUUGCAAACGGAGGGCGAUUUCAGAGAUUUAGGUACCAAUUUCGUGCAAUAAUAAAUUUGUUUUUUUUUUGGAUUGGUUCUUGCAAUUGUCGAAAGAAGCUAUUUUUCUGAGUGACCAUUGUCAACCUCAAAUUGUGGGAAAAGCAUGCACUUUGGAGAACUGGCUGGGAAUACGUUAUAGUGUCCUUAUGGUGAAUCCAAAAACAGAUUUUCCGCGUUCCUUUCGGAAAAUCUGAAUCCGGAUUAUUGAUCUGGUGAAUUGGAACAGCGUAGCUCAGUAAUCCGUUAAUCUGGAUUUGGAUUCUUCGGAUUUCCCUUUCAGCGACUCUAAUUGGCUCAAUGCCCCAGGCUAAUUCUUUAUACCAACUGGCGUUGACAAAAUUUGGAAUAUGUCAGCAAAAUACCAUGGACUCGUCCUGGGAUCUCAAGUCUGUCCUCGAGAAACCUUGCUCCCGUCGGUGAAAAUUCUAAGCUGCAACCUCCACGAGAUAAAAAGUUACACAGUAGGAAUGAUCAUUCUAUAGGCAAAUGUCCAGCUAGCUCUAGAGAGCUGCUGGGAAACAGGCGGUAAGUGCCAACUGAAAAUUCAACAUACAGCUUCGCUUCUUCUCUUGUAUCAUGCUUGCAAAUGAGUUUUACGCCGACUUCUGGCCUCCACGCUUUUUUAAAAAUGUGAUGACCACGAAAGUAUAUUUUUGAAGAAUAAGAGUUUAUUUUGUUUUUGUUAGUUUUACUGCUCCCACAAGUGAAUUAAAUACUGUUGAUAGUGACUAGUACAACCCGUAAGUUUAUACGGUAUUUUUGCUACUGGUGAUGCGUUUCGGUAAAUUAAACUCCCCCUCUCUUUGAAGCCCCCACCCUCUCAAUUAAUCCCCCCCCCCACCCCUUCAAAAGUGCUUGAAAAAAACAAGCCCCCCGGGGGGCUUCAUAGACUGAGGAUUUACAGUAUCUAAAAAAAUACAAAAUUUUAUUACUGAAAAGCUAAGACAUCCUUCAAAACAAAACAGUUAACAUUAAUUUGUACGAAAGUUUCUAAAUUUCCACUAAAUGUCAAACGCCAAAAGCUUUAAAAAUUAACCGCCAAUCGUCAAAGUUGCCACCCUAUUGAGAACCAGCCCACGCUCCUCCGCCGAACAAGGCGGCUGAAACCGAGGCUAGGUUUUCCAGGUCUUGAGUCUGAGUAGAGUAUACAGUUUUAUUAUUUAGCGUUGAACAUGAUGUUCUUUAGGAGCGAAAGACAUAUAGAGAGCCAAAGGUUGGCGAUGAGCUGUCUACAUGUGUCGCAACCAACAAUUCUUUUUCUCAAAGAUUCCCCCUUUGGGGUAUUCCGUGGGAAUUCGUACUGUGCCGCCCGGUUCUCCGAAACCUGACCCUUUUUUCAGACCCCAAAACUGACAUUUUACACACCGGUUUUCAGACCUGGCAUAAGCAGAAAUUAUGUUAUCAUUACUUAGAUUAGAACGCCAAGAAAAAGAUUUCUUUAAAACCACUUCGAAUUCGCAUUUUUUUUCUUUAUGUGCAAUCCCAUUAUGCAAGGGCUCCGGCAUUAUGUUAGCUUUAAAAAUAUUAAAUUCUAUAUGCGAAGAGAAAUGAGUCCGAGUCAUGAAGUAAGGUCUGCUUUCUUUAUAACCAGGAUAGUGUGUCCUGACCCUGUUUCAGACCGUUUUUUUUUUCACUGACCCAUUUUCAGGCCUGGCCUCUAAGAAAUUGUGCUAUCAUUCAUCAUUACUUGGAUAAGAACGUAAACAGAAAAGAUUCCUUAAAAUCCAUUUUGAAUUCGCGUUAUGUCUCUUUUUUUCUUAUUCAUUCACAGGUCGCCCAAGCGUAAUAUGAGUUUUUAAGGGAAAUAAAGAGUUUGUAUGGGAAAUGAAGCUUAGACGAAAUGAAUGAACUAAAAGCGAUAAAAGUUAUCAGUAGUGUUACCUGGUGUCGUUGUCUUUGUUUUUACGAAGUUUCAGCGCGAUUUGAGUACUUUUACAUCAUCUGACCUUACAGUGUAAUAAUAAGAGACAAAGUAGGACAGAAUUGCUCGAUCGACAUUCAGAGCUACUCAAAAUCAGCUCCAAAUUUCAUGUGAAAAACCAAACACUCUUACAUUUUGCACCGCCGAAUCCACAAUGUGAUGCCUUAAGAUCACCUUUCUGCAAUCCGUUCGGUAAAGCUUGCAUCUGGAUCGCAUAAUUCGAUCGAAAACAUCGACUACAGUUCAAAAAUCGGCGCCAUUUAACCGUGUCUAGUCCGUUUUGUCGGUCGGGGGUAACUAGGCGCUAGCGUCAAAUAACAACCUACCGGGAGAGGGUGACACCAGUUUCUUCGUCAAGACAAAUCCCUAACGCACCCACCUCCCAGCAAGGUCCGCUUUUGUGUUUUCACUCGGCAAAUGAACGAAGCGCUGGGGGAAAUCAUCGAAAAUUAAAAAAAUUCGCGCACUCCGAAUUUUCAAACAGCUGAAGUAAACAUUUUUUUAUUUUUCUCCUUUGCUGGGAUCUCACCCUCUCCCGGUGGGUUAUUAUUUGACCUGUGAUUCAUUUGGAUACGUUCAUACACUCCCGUACACUGCUGAACAGUAUGUUGCCCAAGCAGUGUCCGUCCACUUCAGUUUAACAUCGCAAAAACUUUGCUCUCUUGGUCGCAAGAGCUCUGAAAUUUGGGCCAAGGAGAAUCUAUUUAGUCCUUAGUAUGAGCUCCUAUGUUGCCCAGUAUCCGGCCACAACAAUAAUAACGUGAUUAUACAUAAAUUUUGAUAGGCAAGCGACGUAUAAGCUCCUCUUGCACUUGCAAAGUAGUCUUGCAUUCGAUUCCAAAAAAUAUAAAUCGAUCUGGGAACCUAGUAGGCUCAGUCUCCAGCCUUGGGUGUCUCGAUGCGCGUGAAACAAAAAAUAACAAAUGACUGGUAUAGGACGUUUAGUCGACUUUCUUUCCAUAGUGUUCAGUACCGUACAGUACCGCAAAUGAUCCCCAACCGCAAAUGAUCCCGAGACCACAAAUGAUCCCCAAAAUGGACCGCAAAUGAUCCUCGACAGCAAGUGAUCCCUAAAGUCGACCGCAAAUGAUCCCGUGAAAACUUGAGGAAUGGAAUGGAUUUUUAUGGGACUGAUUGCAAAAAAGGACUGAUUAUAAAAAAGAAACCUUUUUCUCUCGCCUUUUAAAGAAAAAGGGAAGGAGGACGCUACAUCUCAGGUCAAUUUAUACAAGGCGAAAAAAAAAUGGAAUAAAUCUGAAAAGGAAUGGUAUUAACCGUAUACUUCUUCCUUUGUCGAUUGCUUCAAUUUUCUUUCAAGAAUGUUUCGUCUUUUGAAAAAUUUAAGACAGGCAGGACGUUACGCAGAAAAAGCUCUACACUCUUUUUUUUUUAUAAGAAUAUUGUUUUCCCGGGCCAGGCUGAAUAUUCUUAUUUUUCCUCCGAUUUUAGGCUGUAAAUAUUCUUGUAUUAUUCUUAAUAAUAGCUUAUGACAUUUCCGUUUUAGAAUAUAUUAAGGUAUCAAUUAUAGUUUUGUUAAAUAUAGUUAGCUAGUUUUGCCGUUUAAAGAAAGGAAUAAAUUGAAAACGUAUAUUUGUAUUGUAUUUACAGAUUUUCACCACACGAAAUUAUCCUUUUCAAAAUCUCAGCCUGGAGUUUAUUCUUAAAGUAUUCUUAAGAUUUCGCAAAUUUCAGCCUCGAUAUUCUUAUAAAAUAUAUUCUUAUAGAAAAAAAAGAGUGUAUUAUUUUAACGCCUAGAAGCUCAACUCUUCUACUGAGGAAUACAAAGCCGGGCACCCUCUACAUAACAAGAGCUUUACUGACUGAAAGCGUGAAAUUAAUCAGCCAGAAUAUUUCAUUUGAUUUUUCUCUGAAGUGUUAAUUUUACGUGGUAAACAGCAAGACAUUUGUUUGUAACUUAGGUGCCGGUUACGAAACAAGACAUGAUUUAACAUAAACACAAGUCAAAAUGUCCCCGAACUUAUCAAUGUCCACAGGUUUCGGUUUAUUUCGAAAUGGCAACUUUCUUACAUGUCAUGAACGUGUUGUGAAUAGUUAUAUUAGCGUUUUUAUGUAUAUUCAUUUGUUGUGCUUUGCCGAAGACAGUUACCAGGAAUCUAAACCUGGUAAUGAGAAACGCCAGGUAAGCGGUCUACAGUUAUUGCGUGACAAAACAUCGUAGGAAACCGUCACAUUCACGGACUAAAAGAAAAUCGCUUAUGAUCAUUCGGAUUCAGGAGGCACUUUGGAGAAAAUUAAACAACCUAAAACCCUUAUUUAGCGGCAAUGAAGAGCACUGCAUUUCAAAAGAGGUCAAAGGAAAUGCUCUUGCAUCAAAGGGCAAAUCAUGCCGACCAGAAACAACAAUAACCACAGAAAAUGCGUGUCAUGACCUCUCAGUAUGAAAUACACAUGAAAUACACAUUUGUUCAGUCAAAACGUUUUCUUCAGAGGUAUAAUCUACCCGCCAGAGCCAGAAAAAAGUCAUUGGAAUAAGCAGCAUUUUAGCAUGAGGUAAAAGUCGUGUGUUGCCUACCGACUUCGUUUUUACUCUUGAAUGAUUUUUUUAUUUAGUUUUCAUUCAUAUAUUUAUUUGAGAAGUAAAAUUUAGCUUUUAAUCUGACUUAUUGUAAUAACAAUAAAAUCGACACGAUGAUUCGCUAACUUGAGUCCACGUCAUUCCUAUUUUUCUUUCGGGAUCAUUUGCGGUCGACUUUAGGGAUCACUUGCGGUCGAGGAUCAUUUGCGGUCCAUUUUGGGGAUCAUUUGCGGUCUCAGGAUCAUUUGCGGUUGGAGAUCAUUUGCGGUACUGUACAGUACUCGAUGGAAAGAAAGUCGACUUUUACAACGGCGUUUAAACCAGCCGUAGGACACAGAGUGGCUAUGAACUAUAAAAGGUAAGGGAGCUUUUUGAAUCAAUAUUUCGCGUGAUCAUGAUCUUUUUUUUCUUUGCGUUGUAGAUUCGAAUACAUGUGAUAAAAUUCGAACAAUAAGGGCCCGAAUCACAUGUAAUAAUGCAAGAAAUCUCGACCUUCGUUAUCUUAAAGGCUUCUAGUACAGAUAGACAAACAAGAAGACUUCAUAUCUUUAAUACACUAAUAAUUCUGAUCUAGUAUAUUCCGACCAAAUGACCUCUGAAGCCCGAACCCAAACAUAGUGGCGGCGCUUGGGCAGCCUGAAGGCAACCUGUAGAGCUACGUGUUUCAAAAUUACGUCAAAUGGAACUGGUUUAGGUUCUUAUUGUUACGUCACCUAACUUUCUUGGCGCUUCAAUUUUCUAGCAUUUUUUCAAGAAUGCAAAAGAAGAACUGGUUUAAUUAACUAUGAUGUCCAGUAACUGCAAAAUAUCAUGUUGAAUUAAGGUAAAAAAAACCACUGCAAAAACCGUGUACGAUCAAUCUUGGUCAACGUCGGAUCCAAAAAGAUAGUGAUCAUUCAAAAUAGAUCAAAUUGAAAAGGUUACAGUCAAGAAGACUUUUGCAGGGACUGAUCAAACAACGUGAAAUAGAGUUUGGUUGCGAUAUUUCCACUGGCCAAUACCAGUCUUCAUCAGGUUUAUUGCGAUAUCACGAAUUUACAUGAAGUAAAAUAAUGACCGGAAAUUAAUAUGACGUGGUAUGGUGUGGCUACUUUAAAAAGACAAGAUAACAAAAAAAUAAAAGAUAUACUAUAUAUAGUUACAGUUCAUCACGUUUAUUGAUGCCCAGAGGUUUCUUAUUAUUUCGUCAGCACGUAAGUGAUUAUUUUGUGAGCACGUGCGUGAGCAUUGCGGAAUUUUUCUGUUGACAAAAACAUCCGGUAUGCUUCUGCUUGCUAUCUUCUAUGCGCUGAUAGGUCUUAUCAAGUGGUCUGAUAGAUGACCAUGAAGUACGCCCGUAAAGAAAGACGAAUGCGGAAUUUGCGUUAAUGAAUUAUUCAAUAGCUGUUGCCGGCGCGACUGAUUUUGUCCCUUCGGAAACCACCAUGCUAAAACUGUUCGCUCUUCCGUUUUCACGUAUUUUUUGUUUUUAAAAUAUUUAAAUAAACGCAAGAUUGGAACUAGACUCGCGUUUAGUCUGUUUUGUAUUAAUAAAUAGAGGUCACGGAGAGGAGCUUCAAAAAGAUGUUGUGUAUCAAACUACCGGUAUACUGACCACUUCCUGCUGACCUUGAAUUGUGCAAUUUUAAUCCAGGUAUUCAAUAACAAAAUACACUGGACAUUAUAAUCCACUGAUCUAUUAACAUGAAACAACUGACUCAAGCUUUCAGCUGAGCUUUUUUUAAAUCUGUUAACCUUCGUAUGCCAAAGGAAAUAUACGUGAUCAAAAUUAUUUAUAAACCAGGAUUGGUCAUAGAAUAAACACUGAAAUUUUCCCUCAACUCCAGGUAAAGAAUAAUACAAGAGCUUAACCAGAUCAGCACUGUCGCUAAAAAUCCCUUGUUUUUUAUGCAACAGGAAGUGUGAAAAAAUGCAAAUGAUCGCACCAUCUGCGUCAGACCACGUAUGCACAUUGACCUCGUGAACUUUCCUGACCGCACCUAGUGAAGUUGGACAUAAAAGUACAAUUGGUGCUAGAAACAAAAGCAUUGUGAGUGGAAAGCUUGACAAGCCAAAAAGGGACUUAAUUUGCAUUCGGUUGUUUAAUUCAGGUAAACUGCGCUUUGAAAUUCUUUUUGAAAGGUAAUAACAAUAGUAAAAGACUUAAAAUCAGAAAAUGCUGUCAUUUCGAAUUUACUUUAACGAUUCUUACAUUUUUUUUCCUUUUAUGUAGUUAAUUUACGGCUGCAGGACAAGGACUGAAUCAUGCACAACACAUUUCUUUGCAUUGCCCUUGUUCUAGCCUUUGGCUGCGUCAGUUGUGUAUCUUCGCUCAAAGGUACAGGUGUAUGUUCAUUUUUACAACGGUUUUUGUCAUUUAUUUACAAUUAUUGUGACACAGUGUACGUUUUAUUUUACAGUCAAUAUUAUUGUACGUAUCUUGCACACGCUAGCCCUUAUAUAUUCAUACUUACCUACCCACAAAUGGAGUAUUUUAUAGAGGCUGCCGCUUCACCAUUACUGCUUUGCGUUGCUUUAAUAUCAUUGUUAAAACAAUGCUAAUUGAGUUUGGUAUCUUCUGUUGAGCAAAAUUUAAUAAAUUUUAAUGCUUUGUCUAGCGCUUUUUUGGUGUUCUUUUCGUGACGAAAUGAAGUUCAACUCACACUUUCUCGAUUAAAGCGCUUUAAACAGCCUUCGAAACAGCGCUCUACAAGCAAUUUCAGCUGUAUAUCUGUCAUAAUAAUCUUAUUUUACAGUGAAUGUAAAUAUGUUGAACGUACUAGUCCUCUUUCAUAUGUAAGAGGCUCAGAACACAUGCUUAUAUACCUUCAUCCACAAUUCAGGCUUUAAAGCUUUAUAGAAAGUAAUCACAACCAGUCUUUGUCAAGCAGCUGUGUGAGUCAACGGAGUCAGCUUUUGAAUAAACUGCAUCCAAUGAGAGAGAAAAAAACUCGUAGUUUGAAAACCAAAAUAUUGAAAAACAAGCUUUGACGUUUUGACGAGAACUCCGUUAGCUUUCCGUUUUCGGUGAUUAAAUGUAGCGCUACACUUACGCAAUACAAGUUGUUACAUUCCUAGACUUUCACUCAACUAAACAGUUACUGCCAUUAGUUGAUUCUUAGUCACAUGCGGCCUCGACUAAAAUCAAAUGUAUCCCCGACAUUUGAGCGAUUGUGCCCCGCUCGGGAUACAUUACAGCAUGUGAUCAAAGGAUGGUAGAAAGUGGCGUGGCAAAUCAAAUCACAUCACCUUAAGGGACCGUUCAUAACUUAUGGGUUGGGGGGGGGGGAAUUAGGGGAAUCUGAAAUUUGUUCUAGCCCCCUGAUGAUGUAAGAUAUUUUUUUCCGCCCCCAAAACGCCAUGAUUCCCCUCCCCCUUCCUCUCUACCACCACCACUAUCACCAACAUCCUAAGAUGUUUGCUUUUAAAUACCUUUGAAUUGCUAAUACAAACAAUAUUUUGGCCUCAACAAUGAAGUCUUUUUUGAAACUUUAAUAUUGUAUAAACUUACCUCGCACAAUCAUUAUUUACUGUGACUUUAGUUAUUAUAUAUAUUCAGAAUGGCAAGGAAAUAAAAUACUAGAAAAACAACUACUUUGCGUUAUUUUAAUAUGCUUAAUAUCAUUGUUAAAAACAAUGCUGACUGCGUUUUUAUUUUCUGUCGAGCAAAAUUUAAGAAACUUAAAAGUUUCGCUCAGCGCUUUUUUGGCUUUUCUUUUCGUGACGAAAUACACUUCGAAAACAGCACUACAAGCAAGUUCUGCUUUACAUCUGUCAUUAUAAUCUUUUUUACAGUAAUUGUAAAUAUGAUGAAUAACUGAAAAGGAUCAGAACAAAUGCUGAGCUACUUUCAUCCACGAUUCAAUCUUAAAAGCUUUAUAGACAGCAAUCUAGACCGACCAGUCUAUGUCUAAGGCAACGGAGUCAGCAUUUGAACAAAAUUCUCCGAUGAAAGAAAAAAAAUUCGUAGUUUGAAAACCAAAUGAAAUGAAAAAGUACCCUUCAAAAGCUUGAGCGAAACAAACUUUAAUGUUUUGACAAGCACUCCGUGAGCUUCCGUUUUUCUUUUUGGUGAUGAAAUGUCUACACUUGAGAUGUGUACAUUCAUUGUAAAAGAGCUUAAGUAUAAGACGGUAUUGGAUUUUCAUAUGACCGAAAGCUAUCUGAAAUAUAAUUAGCAGCUCUACAGCAGCCCAUGUUCGUAAUAUGAGCAAACGAGUUACCAUAACACCCACAAAAUAGCCAUAAAUCUGUUAGGGGUUACAGUGCAGAGGAAGAAGAGACACUCAGCUAAAGGCAAUUUUAAGGGAUUUUAAUUUAAAUUUACCGAAACAACGAUUUUUUCAUACAAAUCUUUUUUUCGAAAGAAAGAAAAAAACCUCUGCCAACAGAAAACAAUACAUGAUGUCUCGUGGGAUAGAUAUACCCCAAGUAUUACUUCACAGCAUUUGUUUGUAAUUUAGAAACAGUUUGUAGGAUAUAUAUUGAAUACUUCAUGGAAAAUGCGUUUUUACGGCAUUUACGCACGAGUUUUUGAUGUACCAGAAAUCCGCGGACGAGUGAGAUUUCUGAUACAAAAAUAACUCGACUCACCGAAAGGCAAAUUUAACUGGGCUGCCAUGGCGCUUUUUUUCUGAGGAACUCAAACCACAAGACAGCAUUUUGGUUCAAUCUUUUUUGUUGAACAUUCCCUUACUUACUUUCUAAAGUGCCAAACAGCUUAUCGGAAUUUUCCUCCCACUAUAUCAACGUUGUUUAUCAUUUUCAUCAUGCUGAUAAAUAACUUUUAAAACUUUUCUCUAUUGUAGAUUACGCUCUCGAGUUUCCACCCUCUGAGGCUAACAGCUAUGUCAACAUCUGGGGCAUGCCCAGUUUGACGGAGUUGACGGUAUGUUCGUGGAUGAAAUCAAGUGAUCGCAAAAACGAUGGCACGGUGUUUAGUUACGCUGUUCCUGGAAUGGACAACGAAUUUCUCAUCUUUAACUACAGAAAUUUCAAAAUCCACGUCAAAGGAGCCAGUUCGUGAGUACCAAUUUUUGUUCAUAUUUCGUACAACAGAUUUGCUUAUUUGUCCCAGAUUUGUGGUCACAAUAAAAAUAAAAAAAAAGGCAAGGCUGAUCAUUUAACAUUGAGGAAAUUAAACUGGCAAUGUUUUGAAAUGUGGAGCCUUUCUCUUAGCGUCAAAAACUGAGUCAUAGUUUAUUGUUAUUCCUGCCUGUUAGUGCAACAGAAUUAUAAAGGUCGUUAAGUUGAUGAAAUUAUGUAAGUUUUCUUUUUAUUGCUCGUUAAUAGAGUCAUAUUUUCAUUACAGUGUAACUUCUCAAUCCGCAAAUGACGGUAAAUGGCACCAUAUCUGUCAGUCAUGGGAGAACAAAGGAGGUUCGUGGAAGUUAUACAAAGAUGGAGUCGUUGUAGCAAAGGGAACGGGAUUAAAGACUGGCCAAGUUUUAAAGAAAGGAGGAUCCAUAAUGCUUGGUCAAGAGCAAGAUUCUCUUGGAGGUGGCUUCGACGCAAAACAGAGGUUCAUCGGAAUGAUGACAAACGUCAACGUCUGG